AGUUCUUACAACCUUACAACAAUCUUCGGUCCUUUUUGAAGAUAUUUCAAAAGUCUAAAAAGCUUAAUACAUUUCUGAGUAUAAUAUAUCAGAAGCUUUAAAUUAUUGAACGAUAGGCAGCAGUGUACCGCAUUGUUAAGAUUGUUUCGUAUUGGCACUGGUUUGAAAGCAACGGGUAUGUUGAGCCCCAAGCUAAGUUGUGAACGCGGGAGGACGAGCGGGAUCAGCAGCCGCCAGCCGUCGGCCCGCGGCCCGCGGCCGGCAGUGAAUACUCGUACGUCGCGGUGACAGGUGGCAUAUCGCCCCCUCAUGAGUUACUCGUAAACGUGACUCUUGUCUUUUGUUUAUAAACUUAAUGUUUGUGUGAAAAAUAAAAUGAAGGUUUUAUGUACUAUAAAGGGACUUUAUACCAACGGAACCUUGAUAAAUUAUUAAGUUAACUUGGACUUCAGAAGUGUCGUGAAAGUGUACCCAGAAAAUACCGGCUCCGCGACUCAUGUCCACAAGUACGAUUUGAAUGCGAAAUUGUCAUAAACUAGAUGAAAAGAAAGCUGCAAUAUACACAAGAAUAAGACAUCAAGAUGAUGGAAUGUUUGUGUCCUGCUCCACGGACUCUGGCAUGUCGCGUGGUUCUACUUGAUGAAAGAGAAUUAUUUCAUGAAAUACAGGACAAUAGCGCUGGUCAAGCACUCCUGGAUGUUGUAUUCAGACACUUGGAUCUUCUAGAGACGGCUUACUUUGGACUGCGAUACGUUGAUCAAGACAAUCAAACGCACUGGCUGGACGCCGGGAAACGUCUGCGGCGGCAACUUCACAGUUCCGACACACACACGUUCUAUUUCGGUGUCAAGUUCUACGCGACGGACCCUUGCAAACUAUUAGAGGAGAUAACGAGGUACCAACUGUUUCUGCAGCUCAAGCAAGAUGUGUUACGCGGUCGGUUGCCUGUCAACUUCGAUCUGGCAGCAGAGCUCGCCGCUUACGUCCUACAAUCCGAGCUCGGAGAUUACGAUCCCAGAAGGCACGGGCCAGGGUACGUGUCAGAAUUUCGAUUCUUGACUCAUCAAACACCUGAGCUUGAGGGUCGGGCUGCCGACAUACAUAGGACAUUGACGGGGAUUUCGCCCGCGCAAGCUGAACUAAGCUAUUUGGACAAAGUAAAAUGGCUCGAUAUGUACGGUGUCGAUCUCCAUCCCGUCUUGGGCGAAGACAGCGUGGAGUACUUUUUGGGACUAGCGCCAAGUGGCCUGUUGCUUCUACGAGGAAAACACACAGUCGCUACCUAUUAUUGGCCGCGCGUUUCAAAACUCUAUUACAAAGGACGAUACUUCAUGAUUCGCGUCGCAGAUAAAAAUAAUGACACGUCAACGUAUGGCUUUGAGUCUCCUACGAGGGCAGCUUGUCGACACUUAUGGCGGUGCUGUUCUGACCAUCACACGUUCUUCCGUCUCCAACAAUCUUCACCAGCAUCUGCUGAUAUUUUCACACUCGGCUCAAGAAUAAGGAACAGCAGCCGAGGCAGCCGUCCGCGGCCGCCGCCGCACUUCACUCGGACACCCUCGCGUCGCUACGUCCGACCUCACGCCUCUUAUACUUCUUUACACGACGUGCCAAAGCUAGAAGACUUAAGAAUAAAAGACUGCCCUGAAGUAAAACAACCUACCUCAGUACAUCGACCAAACUCAAUCAGCGGUGAAGCGAAUUGCCCGCCAAUAAACGCGGCGGGUGGGUCGCCGCGUUCCACCCGCUCGGCGCCCGCCCGCCGCGGGCUGUACUCCGCGUCGCCCACCGCCAACAGACCUCCUCCAGCGCCUCGGCACAGGUCCGCGUCUGUGGACUCGCAGAGCUCUAAUGACUCGAGAUCUAAUCGCAAACACAGGCACCGUUCACGUAGACAGCAGUCAGACGCAGAAAGCGAGUUAUCUCGCGGGUCUGGUCGGUCGGGGAGACGGCACAGGCGGCAUCGCUCGAGACACAAGCACGACUCCGCGUCUGAGAGAGACGAAUCGCAGCCUGAUACCAAAGAGUACGAGUUAGUGGACUCCGAGUCGCAAUGGAAGGAGGUAUUAAGACAGACGUCGUCGGGUGGCGGUGUUCAAGUUGCGAGUGUUCGCCGGUCGCAAAUGGAACCGGAGAUAGGAACUCAUCGAUCAUCUCACAGACCACGGCGACAUAGAAAGCAUAGAUCACGAUCCGGUUCACCCGACAAAAAAUGGCUGCCAAGCGAACUGAAGCAACAUUUAGAAUUUUCACUCGUGGACACGACGGGCAUGACCGAAGAACAGCUCAAGGAAAUACCAUACACCGUCGUCCAGACAAGCCACGCCAGACAUACCAAGCUUCGUACCACUUCAAAACAUAGACAGAACGAGCCCGGAUCGCUCGCUCGGCGGGAGAAGGGUUCACACAAAAGUGAUCACGACAAUCACAAUCAAGGCUCACUCAGAUCGGUCUCGAGCACUCUCAGCGCGCACAGGACCUCUAACGAGAAACAUGGAAGACGCAUCUACCCUUGUUACGAUGACCCAGCUAACCGAGCAGGAGACGAUUUUCUAACAAACAACGGCUACAAAAGUCCCAUAACACCAGUGAACAACAACCCUUAUAGCCCAGUCACGAAUAGCAUUAGCAACAGCAGUAGUGGAGAACUUAUCGGAAGUGCAAGAGUCUCACAUGAACACACGGAUUCUGGGUUGGGCGCAGAUCAGGAUUAUGCGUAUUCGUCGGAAAGAUCGAGCGACAGCGCGAAGUGCGGCGCGGGCGGCUCGCUAGCCCCAGUGAGUAGGCAGUGGGUGGGCGCGGGCGUGUGCGGGGGCGGCGGCUGCGGCGCGGGCGGUGGAGGGGGAGCGGGGGGCGUGUGGCGGCGGCCGCCGGCGGGCCCACCGCGCUCGCGCGUCACGGGCUCGCAGCGCUCGCUGGUGUCGGUGGCGAGCGACAGCGCGGCCACGCGGCGCCCGCACGCCCACGCGCCGCCCCGCGCGCACCCGCACCACCCGCACACGCACUACCCGCAACACGGCUUUUCUCUCUUCAGGCACGCUAGCAACAACAACAUUAUCGGCGAGAGCGGGUCUCUGGCGCGGCGGUACGCGCGGCCGACCCGCGAGCGCGACCUCAACGCCAACGCGCCGCGCACGCACACGCACGCGCGGCGACACGACAACACGCUCGACAUUAUCCUUAAACCCCUCAUAGAGAGCACGCAGCUUCAGAGCAACUGAAUUCAGCGAACGUCGAGACCGGCUCCGAGCGACUGGAUUCUUCGUUUCAAACGGUCAACGGCGGCAAAACUAACGCAGCUGAAAUGAGCACAGAGUUAUAAACUUUAUAGUUUACAAACUUUGAUACUUGUGAUUUGUGAAUGAAACUUGUACAUGCCUUUAGGUUUCUUAAUAGAUUACUUUAAAUUUAAUUAAAUAAACCGUUGUAUUUAUACUUUGAUUUGUAUUAAACUUUGUACGUACGUUUGUCGAUGCAUUUAUAUUUUAUAGUUUUAAAAAUAGGUUCAACCUUGUAAAUAAUACGUAUUACCUUUUUGUAUAAACAGUACCAUAUACUUACCUACUUAAUGAAUAUAACAAUUUUGUAAAGUGACUCUAAAUCAUAUAGUUGAUGGAAUAUAGUAUUGUAGGUACCUACCUACUAAAAUUACUUGUGUGCCAAAGAGAUGCGCUAGCGAAAAAUAAACGAGCAAACAUGAUUAUUUUGUAGCUUCUAGGCAUAGUCUAUCAAUUACUCAAUAGUUUUGUAAACAUACGAGUCAAUUCCGUAAAUAAAAAUAUAUUCUGGUGAGUGUAAUAUAAACUAAGUAUUACCUAAUAUACCUAGUUGUAUCAUAAAAUAUAAUCUUAAUUUUAUGUUAGAUACAUGUAUAUUAUUUAUUCCACUAAAAACAACGGGUAUAAAUGUAUUUACUUACCAUUGUUUUUAUAUGAAAAUAUUGAAUUGUACAGUUGUUAUGUAGGUUUAGAAUUAAGCUGUCGGGGUCAAAAACUUUUCAUUCAUUGUCUGUGUCUUUUAUUCUUGAAUAUAAUAUUGCAAACAUAACAAAGACAAACUACAAUUCUUUAUAAUAAAAAUAUACCUUAUAUUUACAUCUCUUUCGUAUAAGUGUAAUCAUGUAUAGUUAUAAGUGUAAAAUUAAACAGUCAAUUUGUACUGUACAAGACUGAAGACGAUUUCUAACUUUCUACAAAUCCUACAAUAUCCCGAUAAUUUGUAACCAUUUUCAUCGUUCACCAUGUUCAUAAUAAAAGUUAUUAUUUAUAAAA